CCCUUGUGGCGCGCGCUAGCUUGAUGGCGUCGUCGGAGCCGGACUCUGGGUAACGCAGCUGACAGUUGGUAGAACUGGGUUAGCGUCAGGUUAACCUAGUUAUCUGAUCACUUGGCGCUUGGAGUUGAGUCAUCGAUCGGCCUAUAUUCACAGUUCAACUCCCCGGAGAGGACUUAUUCUUUAUGAAUCCAACAAAAAGACUCUGCCGUCACCAUGCCGAACAUGUCCAAAGCGACACUUUGCCUUUGUUUGUUGACUGUGUUGGGGACAACUGUUUUCUUGGGAACUUGCUCACCAACUAACGUCGGAGGUUUCGACAAGGAUGCGUUCACCAUCCAACACUCGAGCACGGGGAUGUGUCUGGGUGUAGGGGUCUCGGCAAACCUGAGUCUCGCCCCCUGCGACCCAAACGGCAGGUCCCAGCUGUGGAAGUGGGGCUCAGGUCACCGGCUCUUCCACGUGGCCACGUCCCUCUGCUUGGCGCUGGACGUGCAGUCCAAGACGUUGUCCCUGGUCGACUGUGGCUCUAACAUCCUGCUGUGGUGGCGCUGCCUGGACGGGGCCGUUUUCACCGUUUACCAAAUGGGCCUGGUGGUCAUCGACGGCAAAGUUGCCACCAAACGGGACCCUAAUGACACGUGGGUAAGAGGAGCAUCCCAGGACAACAUCUGCCAGCGGCUGUACCGCGUCGUCCACACCACCGAUGGGAACUCUGCCGGCUCUCCCUGUGAGUUCCCCUUCAAACACAACGGCAGCUGGCAUCACGGGUGCCUCCCAGAUGUGAAUUUCCCCCGACUGUCCUGGUGUGCCACCACGUCGGACUACGACCAAGACCAGAAAAAAGGAUACUGUCUAACACCUGAGGAGGGUUGCCAGACUCUGUUUGCCGGGCCGGAGGGGGAUUCCUGCUAUGAGUUUGUCUCCAGUGCCGCGGUGACCUGGCAGGAAGCUCUGGAUUCAUGUCGCAGUCAGGGAGCUGACCUGCUGAGUGUGUCCGAGCUCGACGAUCUCUACUCCAAAACCUUGUUGGACGGCCUUGACAGAAUGCCUGAGAGGAUGUGGAUCGGCCUGCACCAGCUAGACACCUCUCACGGCUGGCAGUGGUCAGAUGGUUCCCCUCUAUCAACCCUGCGCUGGGAAACAGGAAUGCCAUCCACCUCCAUGAUUUUUGAGUCGGACUGUGGGGUCCUGAACUCCAAACAGAGCUAUGAGUCUGAGGCGUGCAACAAACGGCUGCCGUACAUCUGCAAGAAGAGUGUCAAUGCCUCUGGCGAGGCAGCAACAGAAUCUUUUGUCUAUAGCGAAACACUGUGCGCAGACGGUUGGGUCCCGUGGAAUGGCUGGUGCUACAAGUUGGUGAAGGACACGCCUCAAAACUUUACAGAUGCCCUGAUGCACUGUAACCUCACGGAGGGAGGCUCUCUGGCCAGCCUCCACUCCAUUGACAGCAAGGAGAUGAUCAGCACUAAUUUCCAUGCAGACGGCAAGUUUUUGGACGUCUGGAUCGGUCUGAUCGGUGACGGCAUGAACCCCACUGUCUUCAAGUGGAUGGACAAGGCACCCGUCACCUUCACCUACUGGGACCAAAACCAGCCAGUCCAGCCCGCUUUACAUACCAGCUGUGUCUUCUACGCUGGAGAGCAACAAGGUUGGCGGGUCGGCGACUGCACACAGAGGCUACCUUUCAUGUGUCAGAAGAAAGGGGAAGUCAAUGAAUCUGCAGCACAGCCCGGAUGCCGCUUUGAGGAUGGUUGGAGGAGACACGGCAACUCCUGUUAUCAAGUGAACACCAAUCAAGUGUCCUUCAAAGAUCGAUGCAACGUCACUAUAAGAAACAGGUUCGAGCAGGCCUUCAUCAGUCGUCUACUUAGAAAGCAGAUCAGCGUGGAACCUCAGCAUUUUUGGAUCGGGCUGCAGGACACUAAGAACACAGGGGAGUACCAGUGGCUGAGCCAGGAUGGGUCCCCGGGUGUGGUUACCUACACCAACUGGGGCUGGUUCGAACCAGACCAGGAUGGAGGCUGUGCAGUGAUUUCUACCGCAAAACCCCUGGGCAAGUGGGAGGUGAAGAACUGUACCAUUUUUAAGGCCGGUACCAUUUGUAGAAUAGACCUCAGUCCACCUCCACCCCCAGAACCAGAGCCCAACCCCAACGCAAACUGUCCUGAUGGAUGGGUGUCCAGACCAAACACCAAAUACUGCUACAAGGCGUUCCACGAGGAGAGGCUGAGCCGGAAGCGCUCCUGGGAGGAAGCUGAGCACUUCUGUCAGGCUCUGGGAGCCAACCUGCCCAGCUUCACCAGCAAUUAUGAGAUGAGGGCCCUGCACAGCAUCCUGAGAGACACCAUCAGUGAUAAUCGCUACUUCUGGGUUGGCCUGAACAGAAGAAACCCAGCCGAUCGCUCCUGGCAGUGGAGCAACGGUCAGCCUGUUUCGAUGGAUAUUUUACACCAAGACUUCCAUGAGGAUGAUGCAUACAGUCGGGACUGCACUGCAUUCAAGACAUCGAAGAGCACCUUGAAACACCUGUUUGUGUUUCUGCUGCACGACUUGCCCCCCACACCGUUCUACGCCACACCGUUCCACUGUGACGCCAGGCUAGAGUGGGUCUGCCAACUACCCCGCGGAAAGACGCCAAAGAUCCCAGACUGGUACAAUCCCGGUGGACACCAUGAGAGCUCUAUCUUCAUAGACGGAGCAGAGUUUUGGUUCGUUAAGGAGCCGGAGCUAACUUUUGAGGAGGCAACGCUCUUUUGCAGUAUGAACGGCAGCAAGCUGGCUGCACCACUCGGCUCGACUGCUGCCAGACAGAUCCACCAGCAGCUAAAGAACAUGUCCAGCUCUCCCAAGCAAGGCUGGUGGGUCGACUUGAGAGAGUCUGGACGGAUAUUCCCCAUGUCGUACACCCAGAUGCACUUUUACCAUUCAGUUUUCCUGGGCAGAUGCACCUCCAUCAGUCCUGAAAACUUCUUUCCAAAGCAUGAGCGCAGUUGCAGUCAGCAAUUGUCCUUCGUGUGUGAGAGACACAACAUCACGUCAGUGGAGAUAAACCCUCUGGAGCCUCAGCCUGGAGGACUGCCCUGUGGAAAUGGCUCUCUGGCCUUCAGAAAUAAGUGCUACACAUUGAUGACGAGCAUGAAGCCUGUGUCCUUCAAGUAUGCCAAUGACGAUUGCCAGUCGGUGAGAGGAACCCUGGUCACUAUAUCCGAUCAGGCGGAGCAAGACUUCAUCACCACCAUUUUGCCGAGCAUGAGAAACAUGGACAGUAUAUGGAUUGGUCUGAAAAUCAAGCGUGGCGACCCGGAAUGGGUGGACCAGUCCCCAGUUAACUACGUCAAUAUUAACCCCCUGGUUCUGGGCAUGCACAGGGAUAUAAAAGUCAACACAUGGGAUCUGGACAGUAUGGAUUUGUGUGUGUUUUUGAUCAAUAACCCCAAUUCUGCCAUGCUGGGUACCUGGGACUAUUCGUCCUGCACACAAUUUAAAAAUUUGGCCUUUUGCCAACACUAUGCAGAUAAGCUAGAGGAGCCCCGCGUCCCCACAAAGAGCUUCAAGGUGAACAACCACACCAUCUUGAUACUCAACAAAAACCUCACCUGGUUCGAGGCCUUAGAGCAGUGCAGGAGCAACGACAUGGACCUGGCAAGCGUGGCCGACACCUUCCUGCAAGCCACCCUCACCGUGCACGUGAGCCGCGCGCGCAAGCCCAUGUGGAUCGGCCUCUUCAGCGAAGACGACGGGAUCCACUACCGCUGGACCGACCACAGUCACACUGUUUUCAGCCGCUGGUCUUCCGACGUCACCAGUGGCUCGUGCGUCUACCUGGACACCGACGGCUUCUGGAAAGCCGAAGAGUGUGAGGAGGAGCUGGGAGGCGCUAUCUGCCACAAACCACAUGUAGAGAUCAUCGCCACACCAGAGGAUGUUGCAGUCAAGUGCCCCCAUAAGAUUAAUGGUCCAAACUGGAUCCCCUUCAACAACAACUGCUACUCCUUCAAGCUGGUCUCCACCAGAUGGGACCAGUUUGACCAAGGACAGAUUCAGGAUACCUGCAAGAAGCUAGAUUUAAAUGCAGACAUCCUGACCAUUCGAAAUUCAGAGGAGAACGAGUUUAUUAAGCAGCAACUCAUACCGUUUCAAAACCUGGUCCAAUUUGUAUGGCUGGGGCUGUUCAACGAUGACAACGAUAACCUGAUGAAGUGGUAUGACGGCACAAAUGUCCAAUAUUCCAACUGGGCAAAUGGCAGACCAGAUGGAGACGGACCAUUCAUGGCUGGUCUCACCGUUGACGGCAACUGGAUCCUCAUCUCGAACCCAAACCAAUUUGCAGAGUUCAAGCAAAUGAGCAUUGUGACCUGCAAACUGGACAACGAACUAAAGCAGGAGUACAACCUGUCGUCCAAGGAUUUCCAACAUUACGGCAACUUAAGCUACGAGAUUGUGACCAAAAAACUGAGUUGGCACCAGGCUCUGGAAGAGUGCGAUCGGAGGGGAGGCCACCUGGCAAGCGUCCACGACAUCCAGCACAGUGCACACGUGAAGCUCAUUGCCAAGACGGACGGCUUCCCGCUCUGGAUUGGCCUAUCGAACCAGGAUGCUAGUGACUCAGACUUCGAGUGGUCCGAUGGAACGAGAUUUGACUACAAAGCCACCAUCUCUGACUCACCGGAGGGCUCCGGCUCGGACAAACUAGACGCCAGCUGUGUCCAGGUUACCCCUGCUGGAGCCUUGGUGAAGACCGGCUGCAAUAAGUUGUUGGACGGAGCCAUCUGCUAUACCACCACCAUCACCACCGCCUCCCAGAGAGCCAGAAUGCAGGUGACCCCAGCGGCCAAUCGCUGCCCUCGGAGCAACGGCGUGUCCAAGUGGGUGCAGCACCAGGAGCACUGCUACGCCUUCGACAUGAGCUUCUACAACUUCAGCGCGUACAGCAUGAAGCAGGCCGGGAGCAUCUGUCAGAGCAUGGAUGCUCAACUACUGACCUUAAAAACCAAAGAAGAGAACGACUUUGUGUCAAAGUACCUGUUCGAUGACCCGCUCAUCACCAGUCGAGUAUGGCUCGGCGUGGAGGUCGAUGCUGAAGGUAAGCCUGUAUCCUGGCAGGAUGGCUCGGCCCUGGCCUACUCUAACUGGAAGUCUGAGGCCCUGGUUACUGGGAAGAAGUCUGACGCCCACUGUGCCGUCAUGAUGGCAGGAGAUGAGGGAAGCUGGAAAUUUGUCAGCUGCAAGGCAAGCCACAGCCGUGUUGUCUGCCAAACUGGAGCAAAGUCUGGAGGCUCUCCUGUGGCGUUGGGUCUCUUCAUCGUGGUCGUCCUCGCUCUCGUGGUAGCCGUCGGCUUCAUCGUCUAUAAGAAGAGAGGAAGCCGCUUCUCCUCCACCGUACGCUACAAGAGGACCUUUGACGACGCAGACGCCGCCAGUAUUAUAACGGACGCUAACUGAGCUCGCUUAAGUAAUCAGCCUCAGGGAGUAUUGAUGUGCCUUGCGUGCAUUUUAGUGCUUUUGAGCAAGAGCAGCCUUCCCCUUUUCUUAAAUUAUUUAUUUAUGCCGCUUAAGCCUGCAGACUUUCUACGAUUAUGUUUAAAACUGUAAAUAUUGUGAGAGAAUUUAGAAAUUCUGCCAAUUCAGUUUCUUAAUUUGGGUUAUUUUAGAUCGAGUCCUUUGUUAUACCUAAUGUAAAUACUUGGUCUGAUGCUCUGGUAAAUGUUGAUCAUUGACAUUAGUGGGAUGACUUUUUUUUUUUUUUUUUUAAAUUGUAAAAAUAAUUUAAAUUGAUUUACAGAAAUAUUCAAGGCGACACAACACUCCCUUUCAGCCUUAAAACGGGUUCAAUUGCACUGAUGUAUGAGUGACUCCAAACUAUCAGAAACAUAACGUGCAUUUAUCAGCUUAUACGGUCUGUGGCAUUAUUUUAUUUUUCAACUUAAGAAGAUUUGAUUUCCAUGUGGUAACAAUGAAUCAAUACAUUAAGACCAGUCCAGCUGAAUACACAGUAAGAUCUGUUUUCAUUUGACUUGAGUGUUGUAUGUGCCUCACGAUGAACAGCUUUACAGCUCCACACCUGUCCCCAAGCAAAAGGAAGAAACUAAAGGCUAAACUUCAGCAAAUCACAUUAAAACCAUCUGGAUUGAGAGAUAUUGCACUCGGAUCAAGAAAAUACAUUUUCAUUUUUAGUUGGACUGUUUUAAAUAAGAAGAAAACAUUUGUCAUUGAUGAGAAUCUCACUGGCUGCCUGUUAACAUCAUUACUUCAGGAGAGAUAGGAGGUUUAAGCCACUGGAUGAGGUGAUUUUCAGUGUAUUUGUGGAUCCACUCAACGUAUUAAUACCUACUAAUAUGUUUUCGUUGUCAAUACAUGAAUAAUGCCAGAGAAGAAUCUGAUAUUUUAGUCCUGCUGCUUAGUUUUAAAAGUGUAGGACACUGUCUUAGCCACAUGUUGUUUUGUUUGUAUAAUUUGUCUGUUUAUGUAGAUCUGACUUUCCUAUGCACUUAACUACUGAGCAAGAACGCACUUUAACAUGUCGUGGAGCUACAGUUCCUACUAUAUUUAAGCACAAUGAGGUUGGGAGAGUUUUUAGAGACGUUCAAUUUGCACUGGCCUUUGCUGUGAAUGCUUUGUAAAUAUGUUUUAUAACUGAGAAUGAACCAAAGAUGCUUUGAGUUGUUUGAAUGUCAAAAGCCUGAGCUUUCCUUUCACUUUGUCGAACUGCCUCAGUAGGGCUUGUUAACCCAUUCAUAUCAAUUCUAAACCAAAUGUUUGUGGGUUGUUUUUUUUAUUUCACCAUCACUCCUACGCAGAUCUCUGAGCUCAAAUCAGGUACAGUUUCCUUCCAAAUAAAUUUCCUGUCUUCAAA